UUUUUUUAGUUUAGUAAAUUAAUGCAGCAAGAAACUCCCAAGAUCUGGCGAGUCCUAGCAGGGGAGAGAGGGCAGAGGGGAGAUGAGAUGCAUUAGGAGGACACUGAGCCACUUUCUUUCCGAGCACAAUGGAAGUGCUUCCCAAGAAACUUCCCCUUCGCUCCCCUCCGCUCUAGCCCUGAGCAAUGGGACACCUUCCCUACAGCAGCAAUAACUUAUUCGGGAGGAAAACAGCCCAGGAAGCCGGAAUCAACAGCAGCCAAACGGCGGGCAGGAAAGCGACACGCGCGGGACUGCAGCACGGCUCCACGCUGACAAAUUCCUGUGGAUGUAAUUAGGAGGACACCCGGGCCAGCAGCGGAGAUUAAACCCCGGGUUGUUGAGGGUCGCCGCGCCCCCCUCCCCACAACCUCCCACCUCACCGCCAGCACCCUGAUGGCAAACCUACACCCUCUGCGGCCGCCCGUGUCGCCAGCCUGAUGUCCGGAGCGCCAUCCCGCUGAAGGGAGGGUUCCGAGCGGGCAGCCCCGGCCCCGGCGGGGGCCCCGGCGGAGCAGGGCCGAGCGCAGGCGGGAGCGGCGCCGCUGUCCGCGGUGCUGAGCGGGCGCGCCCCGGGCGCUGUCCGCGGUGCUGAGCCCGCCGCCGCUGUCCGCGGUGCUGAGCCGCCCGCGCCGGGGCUGGUCCGCUCUCCCCACCGCUUCUUUCUCCCCUAGUGCCCGGGUACUUUAUUGGCCAACCCCGCCGGCCCACCCCUCACGGAGUACAAAAAAAAAGAAAAAAAAAAAAAAAGACCACACAACAACAGCGAGAGCUGGAAAAAUGUGCAACGUCAACGCGCUCGGAGUCUACGUGUGGGAGACGAUCGUUUUCUUCAGCCUGGCAGCCUCCAAGGAAGCUGAAGCAGCAGCUCGAUCAGCCCCCAAACCCAUGUCUCCUUCCGACUUCUUGGAUAAGCUGAUGGGGAGAACUUCAGGAUACGAUGCCAGGAUCAGACCAAAUUUUAAAGGCCCACCAGUGAACGUCAGCUGCAACAUUUUCAUCAACAGCUUUGGCUCGAUUGCAGAAACAACUAUGGACUACAGGGUGAACAUCUUCCUGCGGCAGCAGUGGAACGACCCCCGGCUGGCCUACAACGAGUACCCCGACGACUCCCUGGACCUGGACCCCUCCAUGCUGGACUCCAUCUGGAAGCCUGACCUGUUCUUUGCUAACGAGAAAGGAGCCCAUUUCCACGAGAUUACCACGGACAACAAGCUGCUGAGGAUCUCCCGGAACGGCAACGUCCUCUACAGCAUCAGGAUCACGCUGACUCUGGCCUGCCCCAUGGACCUGAAGAACUUCCCCAUGGACGUCCAGACGUGCAUCAUGCAGCUGGAAAGCUUUGGCUACACAAUGAAUGAUCUCAUAUUUGAGUGGCAAGAAAAAGGAGCAGUGCAAGUUGCUGACGGGCUGACAUUGCCUCAGUUUAUCCUCAAAGAAGAAAAAGACUUGAGAUACUGCACCAAGCACUACAACACAGGCAAGUUCACCUGCAUAGAAGCUCGUUUCCACCUGGAGAGGCAGAUGGGCUAUUACUUGAUCCAGAUGUACAUCCCCAGCCUUCUCAUUGUCAUCCUGUCCUGGAUCUCCUUCUGGAUCAACAUGGAUGCUGCACCUGCUCGUGUGGGCCUGGGGAUCACCACCGUGCUCACCAUGACCACGCAGAGCUCUGGCUCCCGAGCAUCACUGCCCAAGGUGUCCUAUGUGAAGGCCAUAGACAUCUGGAUGGCUGUGUGCUUGCUGUUUGUGUUCUCUGCCCUUCUGGAAUACGCUGCCGUCAACUUCGUGUCUCGGCAGCACAAAGAGCUGCUCAGGUUCAGAAGGAAGAGGAGGCAUCAUAAGAGUCCCAUGCUCAAUCUGUUCCAGGAGGACGAAACUGGUGAAGGCAGGUUCAACUUCACCGCCUACGGGAUGGGGCCAGCCUGUCUACAAGCCAAGGAUGGCAUCUCUGUCAAGGGAGCCAACAACAACAACACGGCCAACCCGGUGCCGCCGCCGUCCCGCUCCCCCGAGGAGAUGAGGAAGCUCUUCAUCCAGAGAGCCAAGAAGAUCGACAAGAUCUCCCGCAUCGGCUUCCCCAUGGCCUUCCUCAUCUUCAACAUCUUCUACUGGAUCAUCUACAAGAUAGUCCGCAGAGAGGACGUGCACAACCAUCACGGGUUUGCCGAUCAAACACUUUGUGACUUUUGCAUAGAGGAAAGCAAAUACAUUAUCUCUGUCAUCCCCACCAGAGAGCAUCCAAAGGAAACCCGAGAAGGACAUCAGGGCCUUCAUCAGAAAUCACAGGUACCUUCUGUCCUUUUAAACAACCUGGCAGGAUUCAAGUCCCAGAAGGCAGAAAUAUUAUUCAGAACACUAGAAACGAUGAAGGAUUUUUAAAAUAGUUCUUUUUUGUUUGUUCUUUUUUUUUUCCAAACCCCUUUCCGCCAUGUUUGUUUACAAUGGGGGAUGGAAGCAAUUGUAUUUAAAAUAUAGAGAAAACAGGCAUCUUGAUGCCUUGUUUUGACAGGACCGGGCGUGUGGCAAUACUGUCAGUAAGGGGGGUGGGGGGCAGGUGUGUAUAGAGAGAGCAGCUUUUAUUUUCUGACAUUUCAUAGCAGUUAUAUUAAUAGUGAAGCUGGGCCAAUGGACCCAAAAUUCUAUUUUUGUAUCUAUUUUGGUGCUGCGUUUACCUUGAACACGGAUGGGAAGAUGGAGCAGGCUGCUUUGCCCCUCUCUGCUGCCUGGCAGAGAGAUGGGGGAGGCUGGCACAGCUUGGUGGGGAUGGGGACAGGGGGGAGGGAGGUGGGAAGGGGUGAGCAAAGGGGUUUCUCUUUGCCCAAGAGGUAGCACAGGUUGGCAUUGGUGUUUGGGGUGGGGAGAAAUGUGCCAAGCACCUCUAGGGUGUUACUUGAAAGCCUGGCUAGGGGCCUGUGGGCAAGCCAAGGGCUUGAUGUCCCACUUGUCCCUCUGGGCCCCUGGGUGUGAGCUGGCUGCAGCACCCAUGGGGACUCCGUUGUGUUUGUUUGCACUUUAGGGAGAGAGGUGAAAGAGAGCACCAAGGAAGAGACAAUCAGUCUGCACUGAAGCACUUGGGGUCAGGUCUGGGUUAGGCUCCAAAGAACGCAGAGAGAAAAGUGACACCCACAGGGUGCAUCCACCCUCCUCCCUCUCCUGCCCAGGAUGGGAGCAGAGCUGAGCUGGGCUGUGGAUCUGCUGCUUGCUGGGAGCACACAGCUCCCUCCUGCAGAGGCUGCAGGAGCUCACAGCAAAGUGCCCUGGGGCACUGCCAGGUCCAGCCCGGCCAGGUCAGCAGCACCCAGGCCUGGGAUGGGAGGCUGAAGUCAUGCUUAGCCAUGGGUGUCCCAACCAGCACAGAAAGGAUAAGGUGAGAGGACAAGGGAGCCUGGGACCUGCAGCUGUCCUGCACAGGGAUGAUGCCAGGAGAAUAACACCAGAGAAAACACCAGGGCUUGCAGGGGCUGGGUAGAGGGACAUCCAUCUCCACGGCUGCCAUUCAGCACCUUUCACCAGCACUAAAAACACUUUAGUUUAAGAGGAAAAAAAAUUUUUAAAAAGAAAAAAAAAAAAAAAAAGGAAAGAAAGAAACAAAGGACAAAAAUAGCAAGAGGAAAAAAAAGAAGAAAAAAAUAUAAAAACCACAGCUGUCACUGUGUGGACAAGGGCAAAUGUUUUGGCAAAGGCCACCCAGUUUUCUGAGUCCCUUUGUACUGCUGAGGCAGGGACAGGUCACCAGGUCACGCAGUGGGAGCAUGAGCCAGCACAUCAGCCCUUCCCUCCGCUGGAGCAGCAGAAAACCUGUGGGCUGAGGAUCUCUCCCUCCCCUGGCAGACGGUGCUUUCCCAGGCAGGGAGAUCUCAAGCAGAGGCGUUAUUUGAUGCUGGGGCAACGUCCCGAGCCUUGGCUGGAGCCCAAGUCUGCUGCUGGCUCUGGGCUUUUUUGCUGAAUUAUUGAGCUCUCCCCGCGUGCGCAGGGCCGGCUGUGCCAGCUGCGGUUUGCGAUUGCUUCAAACGCCGUGUCCUUGUCUGAGAUGAAAGGCAAACCCAGGGAAUUUCCUUCCCUGCCCGGCAGCACAGCAGAGGCUUGGCAACCCACAUACCACAGCUCCUUCCUCGUGCAGGUGAAUGACCUCAAAUUGCUGUCGUUUGGGUAAAAACGCCCUGUCUCGCUGCCUGGACCUUGCACUUUGGAGUGAGGCAAUCAGGCUGUGGCUCACACACCUUCUGUCCCCCCAGGCUACCUGGGCUGGCUCUCCAGGGCACAGCAGGGCUCCUUCCUAAAGGAGCUGCCUGUAGCUGAGCAAAUCCCACUCCCCAUCUUCCCACCUAGCUGAGCUUUGGUCCUACAUCAAACCCAAGCACCGAAGGCAGGAGCAGAGCAAGGAGGAGGAAGGCAUUUCCAUUUCCAUUUCAUUCUGCUCCAGCUGUACAUCAGAGAAUCCCGUGUUCAUCCCACACCUCCUGGUGCAGAUGCAGUUAUGUCACAGCUGCUGCUUCACUAGAGCUCCAGUGCCACUUCCUGGCACAGAAUAAGGCAUGUAGGGACUGAAAAUCAUCAGGAAGAUGCUGUUUGUUGCCCGUACCACAGCUGCCAGUGGAGCCCAUGGAAGUUUAGGGACUGAAAUAAGAGUUACACUCUUAUCAGCCUGCCUUGGCUUCCAGUUGAGCUUUGCCAAACUCUGGGCACGUUUGAUGCUCACCAUGAGCAGUGUUGUUUUCUCUUCCUUAAGCUGCCAGUUUCCAUCUGGGCCAUUUUGCAGCCCCAGGGCUGCCUGCAGGGUGACAGUGAGCAGCACUCACACCCCACCAGGAAACACACGGGAACCUUGGUGAAGGUGUGACAGUGCUGAGAUAACUGUCCCAGGGAUGUCCUGCCAGAGAGUUUCACCACCCAGACAAGACUUUAGACUGUCCCUGGCAGGUCUGGGUAGUUUUCAAAAUCAAACGUUUUCCUCCAUCUGUAACAGGUUGUGUUUAGUCUCUGUAUUGCAAAAGAACUCGUUUUGAUAAGUUAUCUCAUCUUUAAAGCAGGCUGCUUUAAUGGUGCCAGCAAUUAUGUUCAUCAGUAAGAAUGCACAGGGUUUGAUAUUGCAGGGUAACUUCCCAGUAUAUUGGUGGAAUUUAACUCCAUAAUUGUUAUUUUUCCUUAAGAAUGAGGCUCAGAAGCAAAAUCUCUGAAUAAAACAGCAGUUGUCUGGCAGUAAAGAGAGAAAACUGGGUCCUAAUUCACUUGGCUUCUUUGGAAAAAGAAAGCUUUAUCCCAAAUAUUAUUUCCAGAUGUUGCUGGAAACAUAUUGCUUUUUGAGCAGGAAUUCUUUUUCCUUACGCAUAAAUAUAAUUGUCCAGAGUAAAAUUGUCCAGCUUAAUAUAUUUUGAUCAGGUACAGGAGUUCCUCCCACUUUAAUACUUGAUCCAUCUGGGAUUUCAGCGCCAUGGAAGCCAGAGAGGUGCUGAAGAGGCUCCAGGACAGAGCAGUGAGCACGUGGGCUGCUGCAAUCUGCAGAGCUCAGCCUUGGCCUUGGCCAAGCACCAGCUGCCUGGGAACACUCAGGUCAUUCCCUCCAUGGCUCUGGUGGUGCCCUAAUUCUCCUGUCCUAGAAGACUUUGCUUGUCAGGCCUGGGGGACUUGGCUUCUAAAACUAUCAAACAGUUUCAAAUGCUGAAUAAUCUCAUAUUCUCCAAACAGGAACAUUUUUUGGUUUUGUUUUCCUCAGACUUUUCUGGAAGCUUUUUCUUAUUCUUCUGAAGAUCUUUCAUUUUACAAA